AUGAAGAUUCUCUUAGAUUCUGAUGAUGAAUUAGAAUUUAAACUUCUACCACUAACUGAAACCCCUAUUUCAGAUCCUUCUUUUGUUACAAAGGAUAGAACUCUUAUUUUUAUAGAUACUGUUCUUUCUUCAGAUUCAGAUGGCGAAUAUAAUUCAGCUGAAUAUAAUUUAUUUGAUUAA